UCGAAGCAGCAACACACACAAACACACGCACACGCAGUCCCCAGCGUCCGCUCCUGGGCCCACACCUUCACCGCACGUCGUGCUGUGGACACCCGUCGCCAGCCAUGUACGGAACCCUCGCUCGGACGCCCUAUUACGAUUCGUUCAUUAAGUGUAAAGGCGACGCAAGGCAGCACUCGGGGACAGCGGGGUGCCAGGACGUGAGCGCGAGAGCCGUGGUGGCACAAGGCAACCCAGACGAAUCGUGAACUUCGCGGCAUCAGUGUGAAUCACUCGCCAUGGGGGCGUGGGCGGCCUGGGCGGUAUUACUCAUGCUAGCUGGGCUCGUGGGCGGCCAGGGCAGGGAUACACGCCCACUCAUCAGACCUCCUCCGGAGGUCGUGGGGCCAGAGGGCAUGGAGGAGGACAUCCCGGACGAGGCCUUCUUCGUCGACACCGUCAGGAGAAACGAGCUGAGUGAAAGUGAGACUCCUGCCGUAGACGAGAGGAGAGGAGGCGGCGGCGGCGGCGGAGGAGGAGGUGGAGGAGGACGAGGAGGAGGAAGAGGAGGAGGGAGAGGUGGUGGCAGAGGUGACAGAGAAAGAGGAGGGGGCAGAGGAGGAGGCGAUCGAGGAGGGGGCAGAGGAGGAGGCGACCGAGGUGGGGGCGAUAGAGGGGACGGUGAAGGAGUGAGAGAGAGUGCCGGAGAGGAGAGGGUCUUCGGUGGCGGCGCAGGAGGCGACACUGGAGGCGGCGUAGGAAACGGUGCAGGAGGCGGCGGGGGAUAUGGCACUGUGGGGGGGUUUGGCGGCGGAGGAUAUGGCCCUGUCGGGGGGUUCAGUGGCGGAGUAUUCGGCGGGGGAGACAUAUCUGACGCCGAAAUCUCCCGGCGCCAAAUGGACACCAUCAUCCUCCUUCUGCAGCGCCUCAGUGACAGGCAAGCCACCUUCGAGACCCUCCAAGGCCAGCGAUCAGAGCGGAUUGACAGCAUCAACUACAGACUAACCCGCAUGGAGCUGCUGGCGGAGGAGCGGAAGGGCGUGCUCAACGAGAUCAGCAACGCCAUCCAGCACCGAAUGGAGACCACCGACAACGAGAUGGACCGCAUCACCGGCCUCAUGGACAACGUCAAGGACAGCAUCUCCGCCCUCACUCAGCGCCACGUCGAUCUCCGCGGCCUCAUCACGGACCUCCCAAGAGCAGUAGAUACGGGCGAGAACAACGACCAGAAGCUACAGGCGGUGGCGGCCUCCGUGUUCAGCGUUCACUCGGUCGCCCAGGCCAUUCAGCAUGAGCUCGGGGAGGUCGGACUCAACCUGACGCGGCUCAUGAACACCACUGGAACGCUCGACCACAUCCAGAACAACAUGGUGUCGAAGCAGCACCUUCUCCAGAGCCUCAACGAGCUCAAGUCCAGCCAGACGGUGGCCACGGCGUCCAUUAUGCCCCGGAUGAUGAGCACGAGGGGGAGGGGAGGCGGCAAAGUUGAACAGGAGCCCGAGGACUGCUGGCAGCUUCUCCGCCAAGGCAAGAAAAAGUCGGGCGUCUACCGCAUCCAGCCGCAGUACUCCAGUGUUCCCUUCUUCGUCUACUGCGACAUGGAAACCGAAGGCGGUGGUUGGACGGUGAUUCAGCGACGCGAGGACGGCACAGUGGACUUCCUCCGCGAAUGGAACGAGUACAAGCACGGUUUCGGUAACCUGGCGGGCGAGUUCUGGCUGGGGAACGAGAAGAUCUACCUCCUCACGAGCCAGCACGUUUCGAAGCUUCGGAUUGACCUGUCUGAUUUCGACCAGCAAAACGGUUUUGCAGUGUAUUCCGCGUUCGCUAUAGGGUCUGAGCUGGAAGGUUACUCGCUCAAAAUGUUGGGCGAAUACAGGGGAGACGCAGGCGACUCUCUGCGUUACCACGUGGGUCGGCGCUUCAGCACCAUCGACGUGGAUAACGACGCCUGGCCCGAGCGGAACUGCGCCCGAGACCACAUGGGCGCCUGGUGGUACAGGGCCUGCGACACAAGACAAUUAUCCACGCCAACAUUCUCCAACAGCAACCUCAACGGCCGCUACUUGCACGGGCCGGUCCCCCCCGACCACCAAUACACCGGCCUCUACUGGUACGACUUCCGCGGGCCGCGCUACUCCCUGUGGCGCUCCCGCAUGAUGGUCCGCCGGGGGGGCAGUGUCGGCCGCCCGAUCUUCAAGGGCAUCGAUGAAAUUAAGACCUCUACCACCACUGUCCGGCCCGAGGAACCUCCCCCAGCGGAAGACGACGAGAUCCACUCCGACCCAGAACCCUACGACCCUUACUCCACCUACAACGGAUACGAUCCCUAUGCAAUCUAUGACGGUUAAGAUCGUUCCUCCACACGCUCCACUUCUACUGACGUCGCCGAUCCACACGGUUGCAUGACCACUUCGACUUCAACGAGUUACCCCUCCAGUGCUGAUCUCCACAGACUUCAUGUGAUCAGUAAUGAAGGAAACUUCCUCAAUGGACAAACUCAAGAGGGACAAGUUUGAGCACUCUGGAUGAGAUAAUCUGUAGCUAGGACGGAACUCUUCUCACGGAACUUUUCUAGAACCAUUCUCUUCUUGAAAAUAAACCCUGGAUUUCUUUACCUCAUAUCAAAAUGAAAGGUACUUUUCCUUAUUAUUCCCAACUUCAAGAAAAAUGACUAAUGUAAAAUAUAUGUUGGCCAACUUACAUAUUAGCAUACUUUUGUGGCAAUAUAAUGUAAUGCCUUUAAAUAAUAAUAAAAAAGAAAUCAUAA